GCAGCUGGAGAGCAUCUUCGAGGAGGUGGUGAAAACAGAAGUAAUUGAGGAAGCUUUUCCUGGUAUGUUUAUGGACACUCCUGAAGAUGAGAGAACCAAACUGAUCAGCUGCCUGGGCGCUUUUAGACAGUUCUGGAGCAGUCUUUCUCAGGAAUCCCAUGAACAGUGUGUCCAGUGGAUUGUGAGAUUUAUUCACAGCCAGCACAGUCCUAAAAGAAUUUCUUUUCUGUAUGAUUGUUUAGCAAUGGCAGUAGAAACUGGACUGUUGCCACCCAGGAUGGUUUGUGAAUCUCUGAUAAAUUCUGAUACACUUGAAUGGGAAAGGACGCAGUUAUGGGCAUUAACAUUUAAAUUGGUCCGGAAAAUAAUCGGAGGCGUAGACUACAAGGGUGUGCGCGAUCUGUUGAAAGUGAUCCUGGAGAAAAUCCUAACAAUUCCUAACACCGUGAGCUCAGCUGUCGUACAGCAGCUUUUAGCAGCCAGAGAGGUGGUAGCCUACAUUUUGGAAAGAAAUGCGUGUUUGUUACCUGCCUACUUUGCAGUUACAGAAAUCAGGAAGCUAUAUCCUGAAGGAAAGCUUCCUCACUGGUUGCUGGGUAAUUUAGUGUCGGAUUUUGUGGAUACCUUCAGACCAACAGCAAGAAUAAAUUCCAUUUGUGGUCGCUGUAGUCUUCUCCCUGUGGUAAAUAACUCGGGUGCCAUGUGUAACUCAUGGAAGCUGGAUCCUACAACCCUUCGCUUCCCUUUGAAAGGUCUUUUACCGUAUGAUAAGGAUCUGUUUGAGCCACAGACUGCUUUGUUGAGAUAUGUGCUGGAACAACCGUAUUCAAGGGAUAUGGUCUGCAAUAUGCUAGGUCUGAAUAAGCAGACCUUGAACAUUGCUCAGCACAAGCAGCGCUGUCCUGUGCUGGAGGACCAGCUGGUGGAUCUGGUAGUGUAUGCCAUGGAACGAUCGGAGACCGAAGAGAAGUUUGACGAUGGUGGCACCAGCCAGCUCUUGUGGCAGCAUCUCUCCAGCCAGCUUAUUUUCUUUGUGCUCUUUCAGUUUGCAAGUUUUCCUCAUAUGGUCUUAUCGCUCCAUCAAAAGUUGGCAGGCCGGGGCCUCAUUAAAGGCAGAGACCAUCUGAUGUGGGUGCUACUGCAGUUCAUCUCCGGCAGCAUCCAGAAGAAUGCACUGGCCGACUUCCUCCCGGUGAUGAAGCUUUUUGACCUCUUGUAUCCUGAAAAGGAAUGUAUUCCUGUACCUGAUAUUAACAAGCCCCAGUCAACUCACGCUUUUGCCAUGACUUGUAUUUGGAUUCAUCUGAAUCGGAAGGCCCAUAGCGAUAACUCCAAGUUACAGAUUCCCAUUCCCCAUUCUCUGAAGCUUCACCAUGAGUUUUUGCAACAGAGUUUGAGAAAUAAAAGCUUGCAGAUGAAUGACUACAAGAUUGCCUUGUUGUGCAAUGCAUAUUCUACCAAUUCAGAGUGUUUCACUUUGCCCAUGGGUGUGCUCGUAGAGACUAUUUAUGGAAAUGGCAAUAUGAGGAUCCCUCUUCCAGGGACUAAUUGCAUGGCAUCAGGGUCUAUCACCCCAUUGCCAAUGAACCUCUUGGAUUCACUCACGGUUCAUGCCAAAAUGAGCCUGAUUCAUAGCAUAGCUACAAGGGUGAUUAAACUGGCUCAUGCAAAAUCCAGUCUGGCCUUGGCACCAGCUCUCGUGGAAACCUACAGCCGUUUGUUGGUUUAUAUGGAAAUAGAGUCAUUGGGCAUCAAAGGCUUCAUCAGUCAGCUCCUGCCAACAGUGUUCAAAUCUCACGCCUGGGGGAUUUUGCACACUCUGCUGGAAAUGUUCAGCUACCGCAUGCAUCACAUCCAGCCUCAUUACAGAGUGCAGCUGCUCAGCCACCUUCAUGUGCUGCCUGCAUCUCCUAGUGUGGAGAGUACUGCUUUACGGCUGAUCACGGCUCUGGGCAGCUCCGAGGUGCAGCCCCAGUUCACACGGUUCCUCAGUGACCCUAAGACGGUGCUUUCGGCGGAAUCAGAAGAACUCAACAGGGCUCUGAUCUUGACACUAGCGAGAGCGACGCAUGUGACAGAUUUUUUCACAGGUUCUGAUUCAAUUCAGGGAACUUGGUGCAAGGACAUAUUGCAGACUAUCAUGAGUUUUACUCCCCAUAACUGGGCGUCACACACACUGAGCUGUUUUCCAGCUCCUUUGCAGGUAUUCUUCAAACAGAAUAAUGUGCCCCAGGAAAGCCGUUUUAACCUGAAAAAGAAUGUGGAAGAAGAGUAUCGAAAGUGGAAGUCUAUGACCAACGAGAAUGACAUAAUCGCCCACUUCUCUGUGCAAGGCUCACCCCCACUUUUCCUGUGUCUCCUGUGGAAGAUGUUGUUAGAGACCGAUCACAUCAAUCAGAUUGGUUACAGAGUUUUGGAAAGAAUUGGAGCCCGAGCUUUAGUGGCACAUGUCAGGACGUUUGCAGAUUUCUUGGUGUAUGAAUUCUCUACCUCAGCAGGAGGCCAGCAGCUCAACAAAUGUAUUGAGAUACUCAAUGAUAUGGUGUGGAAAUACAAUAUUGUAACACUGGAUAGGUUGAUACUGUGUUUGGCUAUGCGUAGUCACGAGGGAAAUGAAGCCCAAGUCUGUUACUUUAUAAUUCAGUUACUUUUACUGAAGCCUAACGACUUCAGAAACAGAGUGAGUGAUUUUGUGAAGGAGAAUUCUCCAGAGCACUGGCUGCAGAAUGACUGGCAUACUAAGCAUAUGAGUUAUCACAAGAAAUAUCCUGAAAAGCUAUAUUUUGAAGGCUUGGCAGAGCAAGUCAACCCACCUGUUCAGAUCCAGCCUCAGUACCUACCCAUUUAUUUUGGAAAUGUAUGCCUGCGCUUUCUGCCAGUGUUUGACAUCGUAAUCCAUAGAUUUCUGGAACUGCUUCCAGUGUCCAAAUCAUUAGAAACUUUAUUGGAUCAUCUGGGAGGUUUAUACAAAUUCCAUGAUCGCCCAGUGACUUACCUGUACAACACUCUUCACUACUACGAGAGGCACCUCCGAGAGCGCACGAACCUCAAGAGGAAGCUGGUCCAUGCCAUCAUAGGCUCCCUCAAAGACAAUCGUCCCCUGGGCUGGUGUCUGAGUGACACUUAUCUCAAAUGUGCCAUGAAUGCCCGGGAAGACAAUCCAUGGAUUCCUGAUGAUGCCUACUAUUGUAAACUCAUCGGAAGACUAGUAGACACUAUGGCAGGCAAAUCACCUGGUCCAUUCCCAAAUUGUGACUGGAGAUUCAAUGAAUUUCCUAACCCAGCUGCCCAUGCUCUGCAUGUUACCUGUGUUGAACUCAUGGCCCUGGCUGUUCCAGGGAAGGAUGUGGGCAAUGAACUACUAAAUGUUGUGCUGAAGAGUCAGCCCCUGGUGCCAAGGGAGAAUAUCACAGCUUGGAUGAACGCUAUUGGACUAAUUAUCACAGCCUUACCAGAGCCAUACUGGAUUGUUCUCCAUGAUUGCAUCGUGAACGUUAUCAACAGUCCCAGCUUGACGUCAGAGACAGAGUGGGUUGGUUACCCCUUCCAGCUUUUUGAUUUCACAGCGUGUCACCAAUCCUACUCCGAGAUGAGCUGUAGCUACACUUUGGCUUUGGCGCAUGCUGUCUGGCAUCAUUCCAGCAUUGGACAACUUUCCCUCAUUCCCAAGUUCCUCACAGAAGUACUGAUACCCAUAGUGAAAACGGAGUUCCAGUUACUCUAUGUUUACCACCUUGUUGGGCCUUUUCUACAACGGUUCCAGCAGGAGAGGACACGAUGCAUGAUAGAGAUUGGAGUGGCAUUUUAUGAAAUGCUUCUGAAUGCUGAUAGAUAUAGCCCACACCUGAACUACAUGGAUCCUAUAUGUGACUUCUUGUAUCAUAUGAAGUACAUGUUUACAGGUGACAGUGUGAAAGACCAAGUGGAGAAGAUCAUUUGCAACUUACGCCCCGCGCUGAAGCUUCGCCUGCGUUUCAUCACGCACAUCAGCAAGAUGGAGUCGGCCGCGGCCGCCCAGCAGCCCCUCAGCAACGGGUCACCAGCACCACAGCCCAGCCAAGUGCCUGUCAACGUUGCCUUGCCAGUAACACAGUAAAAGGGGGUUUGG